AUGGAAGGAAUUCAAGUAAUUACUCAAGACUUUGUAAAUGUACUUAUCACAAAGUCUGACAAUGAAGAUGCAGCUCCUGUUGAGAGAAGAUUUAAGAAAUCAAUUACCAUUAGCGAAUUUAAGACCAAACUGGAACUUGUAACAGGAGGCUCGGCCACUACAAUGAAAUUAAAGAUUUAUGACUCGAAAAACAAUUAUGUGGCUGACAUCGACAAGGAUGAUGCUCUUCUGGGCUCAUAUCCUAUAGAUGAUGGCAUGAGGAUACAUGUUGUGGACAAGUUCAUGCUUGUCAAGGAUUUUGAAGCUAGUGACAGUGCUGAAAGAUUUCGCCUCAGUGAGGAAGAGUAUGAGAAGAAGGGAGAUACUCUCCGUUCAUUUUUGCAACGCAAUAGACUCGGCAAGUACAAUGAAGAGGAAAUGGAAAAAAUGAAAGAGCAGCAGCAGAAAGAGUUGGAGGAUGAGGCCAAGCUGGCAGAGGCGGUGCUGGUGGGCGCGCGCUGCCAGGUGAGCGUGCCGCGCCAGGGCGUGCGGCGCGCCACGGUGCGGUACAACGGGCCGCUCGAGGGCGCGCGCGGCAUCUGGAUCGGCGUGCAGUACGACGAGCCGCGCGGGAAGAACGACGGAGAAGUAAAUGGCAAACGCUAUUUCACAUGCCCACCAAAGUACGGUGGCUUUGUGAAACCCAUCUAUGUAACGGUGGGUGACUUCCCUGAAGAGGAGUUCGAUCUGGAUGAUGAAAUAUAA